UCGGAUCUGCUGUGAAUUUGCAGAUGUCUGUCUGAAUGACAAACUGUUGGCUUUUGAUUAUGAUUGAUGAAAGGAUCAAUGUGAAACCGUUAUCAAAUCACCACCUGUUACCAGAAAAUCAGCUCAUGGGAUCCAGGGGAUUACUAUGGAAGGUCUGCUGCCCGGCUUUCAACAGAGCUGGCCUGAUCUCAGAUCAGUAGAGGUCUCGUCUCCGCACCUGACAGGCUGACGUGUACUGUGCGCUCCUGCCUCCACCGUACAGCUGCAAGGGUCCUGAGACCAAGGCCGGGCAGGGCUUAUUCAUGGCUUGACCUCCUCACAGUACGCGCUGUGGACACUUCCAUUGAGGGCCGGCUCCCUCUAAGUACCAUAGCACAUGGAUUUCAAGACUUCAAAUGAAGAGACAAAGUCUGGGAUUUUUUUGCUGCAAGAUGGCAACGAAGAACCUUUCAAUGUGCGCCUGCAUCUGGCCAGAGACAUCCUGACUAUUCAGGAGCAAGAUGUCAUCUGUGUGUCCGGAGAACCCUUCUAUUCCAGUGAAAGAACUGUUACAAUCCGCCGUCAGACAAUAGGAGGAUUCGGCCUGAGUAUCAAGGGCGGAGCAGAACAUAAAAUCCCUGUUGUGAUAUCAAAGAUAUCAAAAGAACAAAAGGCUGAACUUUCUGGGCUGCUCUUCAUUGGAGACGGGAUCCUUCAGAUCAAUGGAAUUAACGUGAGGAGCUAUCGACAUGAAGAGGUGGUUCAGGUGCUGAGAAAUGCUGGGGAAGAAGUCACACUCACGGUGUCCUUCCUGAAGAGGACACCCGCCUUCUUAAAACUCCCCCUCUGCGAAGACUGCACCUGCGUUCCGAGUGACCAGAGUAGCGGCACGUCAUCACCUCUCUGCGACAGCGGCCUGCACUUGAACUACCAUCCAAACAAUACGGAUACAUUGUCAUGCUCGUCGUGGCCCACUUCCCCGGGCCUGCGCUGGGAAAAGAGAUGGGUGGACCUGCGGCUCAUUCCCCUCCUCCACUCACGCCUCUCCCAGUACCUGCCAGGCUCCGAUGUCUGCAGGCAGAAUGCCUUUCAAGUGAUUGCUGUGGAUGGGGUGUGCAGCGGAGUGAUUCAGUGCCCUACUGCUGAAGAGUGCCUCGAAUGGCUUCAGGCGAUAGCAACCAAUAUAUCAACUCUCACAAAGCACAACGUCAAGAAGAUUAAUCGAAACUUUCCAGUAAAUCAGCAGAUCAUUUAUAUGGGAUGGGUGGAGGAGAAAGAGCAGGACAUGGUGCAGGACCGAAUGUACACACCAAAGUUCCUUGCCUUGAGGGGCUCCUCGCUCUUCAAGUUCUCGGCACCGCCUGUAACCACGUGGGACUGGACGAGGGCUGAGAAGAGCUUUACCAUCUAUGAGAUCAUGUGCAAAAUCCUGAAGGAUGGUGACCUUGUGGACCAGCGGCGGCACUGCUUCUGCCUGCAGGUGGACACAGGCGAGGACACCUUCUUCAGCGUGGAGCUGGAGUGUGAGCUGCUGGUCUGGGAGAAGGCCUUCCAGAUGGCCACCUUCCUGGAGGUGGAGAGAAUACAGUGUAAAACGUACGCCUGUAUUAUGGAGAGCCAUCUAAUGGGGCUGACCGUGGACUUCAGCAUGGGAUUCGUCUGCUUUGAUGCCGCUUCAAAGGCAGUACUCUGGCGGUACAAGUUCUCCCAGCUCAAAGGGUCUUCUGACGACGGGAAGAGCAAAAUCAAGUUCCUGUUCCAAAAUCAGGACACCAAACUCAUCGAAGCAAAGGAGCUGGAGUUCUCCAACCUCUUUGCCGUGCUGCACUGCAUCCACGCGUUCUUUGCUGCCAAGGUGGCCUGUCUGGACCCCAUGUUCGUGGGGAGUCAGAAUGCCGCCACUGCAGCUGCUGUCAACACCAUCACCUCGGUUUCCUCAACCAUGCCCCCAUCUAAAAUAAAGUACACCACCUGACCGGUAGGACCUCAGCUUAUUUUGGGGGAAACUGUGGGGAACCCAUGCCACAUUGGAUGAAUGUGGACACACACAGUGAACAUCCGAGAAGAUGAUCUGAUUGGAAAUGCUGACAGGACUGAAAGGCUCUAAUCAACAGAGUGGAGAGGACGUAUCACAACCAUGCGCUCCACGAGCUUUGAUUAAAUACAUAAUCGAGGAUCACACGGAAGAAAGGAGAAGAAAACAGAAUCAAGCAAAGCAGAGCACUGUAUUGAAAUGCUUGCAGAGGACUGAGUAGAAAUCCAGAAUGCAGCUCUCUCUCUCUCUCUCACACACAGUUUUGCUUCGAUCAUUUACUGUUUUGGUGCUGUUGCAGGCAUUUCAUCACAACAUAAUUGUGUGAGGGUCUUUGAAUAAUACUGUGGUUUAGAAUUCAAGGUCAGCAGGUUUUUGGAAGUCAUGCGACUGGUUAUGGUCAUGGUCAUUGGUAAGAACUAGCAUUAUUCCCCUUAUCAACUGGUAGUUACCAGAUGGCAUACCCACCCUUUAAAUUGCCUUUUUUCAGUUCACCGAAAAACCCUUACUCUUUUCAUUGUAUUUACUGAAAAUAUUGAGUUGCUUUAUGAAACACACACUUGCUUUAUGAAAAACACACUUCAAGGAGAGGCAAUAUAUAAAGUUUAAGUUUAGAAAUUACAUUAUAUGAGAGUUUAUAGUAAGAUGGAGACAGAUAAUUAUAAUGUUGACUUAUUAUGAUACUUG